GGAUGUCUAGGAGCACUAGAUGGUACAUACAUUAACGUCCGAGUCCCAUCGAAAGAUAGGGGAAGAUAUAGGAAUCGAAAGGGUCAAGUAUCAGUUAAUGUACUUGGGGUAUGCGAUAGAAAUAUGAACUUCGUCUACAUGCUUUGUGGAUGGGAGGGGUCUGCUGCUGAUAAUCGAGUACUAAGAGAUGCAAUCACUAGGGCAAAUUCUCUUCGAGUCCCAAAUGGACAAUAUUAUUUGGUGGAUGGUGGUUACACUAAUGUUUUUGGCUUUCUAUUGCCAUAUAGGGGUGUCAGAUAUCACUUAGAUGAAUGGGAUACAGGGUCCCGUACUCCACAAAACUUUAGAGAACUCUACAACCUUCGGCACACCAAAGCUAGGAACGCGAUUGAACGUGCUUUUGGCAUUCUAAAAAUGCGUUGGGCAAUUCUUAGGAAGGGCGGCGCAAUCUCUAAACGCCGUGUGUGGACAUCGGCUGAAGAGAAUGCUCUAGUUAAUGCUCUAAAGGAUAUUGUAACCGAGGGGUGGAAAACAGAAAACGGCUUCAGAACUGGCUAUGCAUUUCAGUUGGAAAAAAAGAUGAAGACAUAUCUUCCCGGAUGUGAAAUUCGUGCUGACCCGCACAUAACUUCCAAAAUGCAUGUUUGGAAGAAAACAUAUGCGAGUUUGGCCAAUAUCAAAGCAAAUAAAUCGGGUUUGGGAUGGAAUGAUGUUUCAAAAAGCUUCUCCUGUGAUGAUGAUAGGUACCAAUCGUUGAUGAAG